UGUGUGUGGUGUCAGAUGUUCCAGAGCUGUAACAGGCACAGACGUGUGUCUGGGAUUUCUGUACACCACACGUCUCUCCUCAUGUUUCUCGACAGAGAUGGACGUCUGUCGCUUGACUCUGAUGUGCCGUGUGUUUGCUGGCCGUUUCUACUCACAGAAUAUGACAGACACCUAGCGCACAGUAAAGGCAUGGCGACGGCAUACCUGGAGCCCAACCCAAACCACGCCCUGGGCGCCGGGGCCAAGGCCCGUCUCAGCGCCGGGACGGAGCGGGCCCCCGGGGCCCCGGACAGAGUCCUGAAGGUCUUCCAUCACUUUGAGAACAACAGCGAGCACAGCACCUGGUCCAGCAACAUCCGGCAUGGAGACGCCACCGACGUCAGGGGAAUCAUUCAGAAGAUCGUGGACAUUCAUAAGGUCAAACACGUGGCUUGUUUCGGGCUGCGUCUCACUCACGUACCGUCGGGCGACAUCCACUGGCUCCACCCGGAUAUGGGCGUGUCCCACGUGAGGGAGAGAUACGAGCAGAACCGCCCACAGGACGAAUGGAGGUAA